CACUCAGAAAAUCAAUCGCCGAAAUCAUGGUGAUAAGUGAAAAACAGAACUCGAGAGGCACAUGAUCAAUCGCGGAUUGCGCAUGCAUGACGGACCAUCUAUUUGCGGAUGCAGCCAUUGCUGAUGUAGACAGUUAUUCCAACUCUGAUUCUGACAGCACUGAUUCCGAAGAAAGUGUUUAUUCUGGCCUCGAAGAAGAAGAAAAUAGUGAAGAAGAUGAGGAGGAAGAUGAUUCUGAUGAGGACUUGUCGCUGAUGAGUGAAAACUCCUUAGAUAAUGAUUCAGCUGUCAUUCAACCAGCACCUAUCAUUGAGAAGGGAAAGCAAUCGAUGGGCUUGGACAAUCAACCUUCCACUUCUCAGGAUGGAAAUAGUAAUGUGGUAUAUCCUGAUGAAUAUGAGUUUGAUUCUUCAGAUGAAGAGGACAUCAGAAAUACAGUUGGUAACAUUCCGAUGGGGUGGUAUAGAGAAUAUGGCCACAUUGGUUAUGACUGGGAAGGACGAAAACUGAUCCCUCCAAAAACUGGUGAUGAACUGGACGAAUUCUUGGACAAAAUGGAAAACCCGGAGUAUUGGAGAACAGUCAAGGACAAAAGUACUGGUCAGAAUGUUAUCCUCUCAAAGGAAGACGUGGAGACUAUCCAGAGAAUCAGAAAGGGCAAAUAUACUGAUACCAGCUAUGAUCCACAUGAGCCUUGGACUGAAAUAUUUGUCAAUGAACCAAUGAUCCAUCCAGUGACAAACCGACCCGAGCACAAACGCAGCUUCAUACCCUCGCAUAAUGAAAGGUUAAAGGUUGGCCGAAUGGUCCACGCAAUGAAAAUGGGUUGGAUGAAACCGAUGCGGCUGCCAGAUGAAGAAAAUGAGGAAGAGGAAAAAUACUACAAUAUCUGGGGAGACGAGGAUCAGAGUGAGGUCAACAAGAGGCUGAGGCAGCAUAUACCGGCACCGAAGUUACCCCUGCCAGGACAUGCAGAGUCGUAUAAUCCACCGCCGGAGUAUUUGAUGGAUAAAGAUGAGGAAGAAGCAUGGAAAGAGAUGGAUCCCGAGGACCGGAGGCUGAAUUUCAUCCCAAGAAAAUAUUCUUGUUUACGAUUAGUGCCAUCUUACGUGCGAUUUAUCAAUGAACGGUUUGAACGAUGCCUGGAUUUGUACCUCUGCCCAAGACAGCGCAAAAUGAGAAUGAAUGUGAACGCUGAAGACCUUAUCCCCAAACUACCAAAACCGAAAGAUCUCCAACCAUUCCCAACAACACAAGCAAUAGUGUACAAAGGACAUAAAGGUCUGGUGCGAACUUUCAGUGUUGAUCCUGAAGGGCAGUGGCUGGCAUCUGGCUCUGAUGACGAAAGCGUGAAGUUCUGGGAAGUAUCCACUGGUCGGUGUAUGAAGACAAUGAAGGUUAAAGGUGCUGUGAAGUCUAUAGCAUGGAAUCCUAAUCCAGCUCUUAGUCUGGUAGCCAUUGCGGUAAAUACUGAUGUGUUACUUGUCAACCCCAGUCUUGGUGAUAAAGUUAUUAUCACUGCAACAGAUAACAUGCUGAAUGUGUUCGAAUCACCAGAUGACGUUUCAGCGAAACCAAACCUAGUGACAUGGGAUGACGAAUGCCCCGCUGCAGAGCAUGAUGAGGGUCUACGGCUUCGGUUGUCUCAUGCCAAUCCUGUCAGUCAGGUGACAUGGCAUAGCCGAGGCGAUUAUUUUGCUACACUGAUGCCAGAGGGACAGAGUAUGUCAGUUGUUAUACAUCAGUUAUCAAAGAGAAAGUCACAGAGUCCUUUUAAAAAGUCUAAGGGUCUCGUCCAAUGUGUUCGAUUUCAUCCAACAAGGCCAUUCUUUUUUGUUGCUACUCAAAGAUAUGUGCGAGUGUACAAUUUAGUAAAACAAGAAUUGACCAAAAAGUUGAUGACGAAUUGUAAAUGGGUUUCAAGCUUGGCAAUACAUCCUGGAGGUGACAACUUGAUCAUUGGGAGCUAUGAUUGCCGGCUGAGUUGGUUUGACCUUGACCUCUCUACAAAACCUUAUCAAACGCUACGCCAUCACAAGAAGGCUCUCCGGCAGGUGGCGUACCAUUCGCGAUACCCAUUGUUUGCCUCUGCAUCUGAUGAUGGCACCGUCAUUGUGUGUCAUGGGAUGGUUUACAAUGACUUGCUGCAGAAUCCUGUGAUUGUUCCAGUAAAGAUGCUCCGUGGCCAUGAGGCUACCAAAGAUCUUGGCGUGUUAGACUGUAUGUUCCACCCCACGCAGCCUUGGCUAUUCUCAUCAGGAUCAGACAUGACCAUUAGACUGUUCACAUGAUUUAGGCAUUUAGGCUGUAGUUCCACCCUGCACACCCUUGGUUAUUCUCAUCAGGAUCGGACAUGACCAUCAGGUUGUUCAUUUGGUGGAACCAAGAUUUGAGAGCGUACCAUGUACCGGUAUAAUUAACUGCGUUGCACAUGCUUCCCGCUGAUUCCACAUGUUUUCCUAUUGCCAGUGCGGAAAUUUGGGGAUUCUUGCGCAUAUUGGUUACGGUGAGCAAUGUUGGGAUAGCGUGCACCACAUAUUUAUUUGGAAGAAAAACAAAGAUUAUCAACAUCAAACUGCCUCGGGGUGAUUCUAAACAUGAAACACACUCAAAAAGUAAGAUACAAGUGAAAAAAAACAUGGGAUUUGGAUCAUUUUUAUGAAACAUUCAAAAUUAAUCGGUUUUGACCAAAAAUUACUAAAAUCCACCCCAAAAUUUAUUUUUGACUAUUUUGACAAAAUUCCCCGCCAAACAUGCAGCACUAAAAUAGUAAUUAUUUCUAUGCAGGGUUUUUGUUUCUCACCUACUUGUAUUGGUUCUAAGCGAAGUUAUGUAAGUAAAAUACACAUUUUUGUUUGCAGAAUAUGCUCAUUAGCAUACGUGAUGUUAUUUGCAUUUUUAAGUUGCAAAAUAAAGUUCAAAUAGCUGUCCAUGGGAUACAAAAGUUGUUCCUUUCCAUCUUUUUAAUGUUUU